AUGCAUUGCAAAGAUUUUUCUAAUCAAAUUUAGAGUCCUGUUGUCUAAGAAUUCCUUAAUGGCGAAGUGGAUUAAUAUUUUUCAUAUCGAGAAUAAUAACGAAAGAAAAUUCGACAAGUAAAAGCUGAUAUCUAAUCAAUUAAUGGAGAUCUAAAACAGGCCAUAAUAGGAAGCUCGACAACUGAUUAUUUGAAAUAGUCGAGAAAUAGAAAGAAUAGUGUGUACUACUCAACAUCUAAUGGUUCAAUAUCAACACCCUCUAUUCAUGAGUAUCAAUCUAGAUUAAGAACAGCAGCUACUGCUCUAUAGCCUUUGAAUGUUGCCAAAAAGACUCCAUUUUUAGUUUAAGCUAGCAAGACUGAUGGUUUUCCAAAACAAGAGAUGAAAAACACAGGUUUCUCUUCAUUUAGAAAUUAAACUUUGAAAAGUCUAGAUAGUUAAGAAAGAGAUAAAUUUGAACCAAAGAAGUGGGUCACAUCCUCCCCAAUAAGUGAUAAAAACAAUAAGUAACUGGGUUUAACAGAUGUAAUCAUUAAGGAAAAGACUUUGAAUUAAGCAAGAAGAUAGAAAUAAGCUUUAAAGCAUUUACUGGAAUUGUAAAACAGAAUAAUUAACAUAAACUCUAAGUUUCCACAGGCCAUAGAAAAUAAGAUUCAAGAUUCUAAGAAUACAGUUGACACAGAGACAUAAAUUAAUAUACCUAGAAUUACAUAAUUUAAAAAAGUGGAAAAUCAAAUCCAGAAAAGACUUCUUAAAUCUAAAUCAUCUAUCAAUACUGCAAGAUUUGAAAAUAAUAAUUCGGUAUUACAGCAGCUUAAAACCUACGAUACUCAAGUGAAAGAUCAGAUAAAGCUUAAAAAGGAAUUGGACUCUAUUAUCAGUAUAGCCCUUAAUAAAAAGACUAGAAUCAUAGACAAGAGGCCAAUUGCUAGGCAAGUUCACAUGGAGCUGAAUGACAUUUUUACUAAGGAAGAAAUAUAAGAUGUGGGUGAAGCUUUGAAAGAAAUUGAUGAAAGAGGACCUAAAAGAUUUCAUAAAAACUACUCUUCAGAGUAGCUUGCCAAAACAUAGAUGAAACACCUUAAUAAGGAUAACUAUCUUUAAUUUAGACACUAUGACUCUGAAAUCCUUGGUAAUUUUAAGGAUGAGUCAAGUAUAUAGCAAAAUAUUGAUGAUAUUGAUGCUAUUGAUGUAGAGUUUUAUAAAUUCAAGUACAGAUAUCAAGCUUAGGUAAAACAAUGCAAAAAUUAAGAAGACAAAGAUAAACUUAACUAAUAAUACCUGGAUCAAUUUGAUCUAUCACUUUUAGAUUAAUAGAAAAUAUCAGCAAAGGAAGCAGACCUGUUAAAGCAAUUAUACUUGAGAAUCAAUCACCAUAUAAUGAAUAUUUGA